GCCUGCCAUGCUAUCACAUGACAGCGAAAUCAAAGGACCGGCUUCGCCACUGGUCAGAGGUAUCUUGGACCAAUUCGAUCUCACCGAUAAGCAUGUACGGAACAUUACACGGAAAUUUGUCCAGCAAAUGCGAGAUGGAUUGAUCUACUCAAGGCCGUGGCAAUUACCAUCCUACGUAUGCCAUAUUCCGGAUGGGACCGAGAAGGGGACGUUUCUGACAGUCGACCUUGGUGGAACCAACUGUCGGAUAUGUCUCGUAAAUUUACUGGGCGAUUCGACGUACAAAGUAGUACAGACCAAGAAGACGGUGCCCGCGCACGUACGGAUCAAUCCCAGAUACAAGCCAUUAUUCGACUUUAUAUCCGAAGCUAUUGGUGUUUUUCUCGAUCGCCCUGACCUUCGGCUUCUAGCAGAAGGUGCAUCGCGAAUUCCUCUUAGUUUUACGUUCAGUUUUACGUGCGAGCAAACAUCGAUAUCACAGGGGACGUUGAUACAGUGGGACAAAGGUUGGAAUAUUCCCGAAGCCAUAGGGGAGAAUCCAUGCGCCAUGCUCCAGCAAUCUGUGGAUGAAUUGAAGCUCCCAGUUCAUGUUGUAGCUUUGGCAAAUGAUAGUGUAGGCACAAUGCUAACGAGAGCUUAUACUGCACAAUCGCAUGGUUCUACACUAGCAGGCGUGAUUAUAGGCACGGGUACAAACGCUGCAUACAUUGAAAAGCUCAGCAAUGUGAAGAGGAUUUCUAGAGCUGGAACGACGGUUUCGAACGCGUCGAUGGUCAUCAACACGGAAUGGGGUUGCUUCGACGAUGAUCUUGAGACGCUACCGACCACAAGCUUUGACCGUAGCUUAGACAUCAACUCGAACAACCCUGGGAGCCAACAGUUAGAGAAACGGGUAUCUGGCAUGUACCUCGGCGAACUACUGCGGUUAGUCAUAGUAGCCUGCUACAGCCAAGGUAUAUUCGACAUGGCUCUAAAUUCAGAUUCAUCAUGUAAUUGUCCUUACGGCCUCGACAGCUCAUUCCUCUCACUGCUGGCCAGUAGUGAGCAGACUGAUACUCCAGAAGUCACUGCAGCCAUCGAGGAGGUGCUACUGGCCAAAAACGUUACUUCGAGUGACGUAAGAACCUUGCAACAACUUGCAAAUGGGAUAGCAAAACGCUCAGCACGAUUAGCUGGGUCGGGUCUGGGCGCAAUCAUUCUACAAUCUGGACGCUUACGUCAAUCACGGCAUGAGAAAGAGCUCAUUGAGGUGACGAGUGUCCAAGCUCGAAAGCAUGCAACUCAAUCAUUGAAGAGCAGUGGACGCGGCUGUCGGCUUCUUUGUUGGAUCAGCCAGUUUUUCGCGCAAUUAGGGUUUUCUGCCCGGCAGCCAAAGCACGCCCCAGAAACUACCGUGCAGGACAGGAACGAAGAUGACAUUGUCGAUGUGGGUGUAGACGGCUCACUUAUCGAAAAGUAUCCAGGGUUCGAGAAUUUUAUGCGUAGCGCGCUGAGGGAUAUCGAUGAUAUUGGAUGGGAUGGUGAAAGGAGAAUCCAGAUGGGUUUUGCAAGGGAUGGGUCAGCAGUAGGCGCAGCACUAAUGGCAAAAGCAUCAGUGUUGGCAUAGUCUAUUUUAGUUAUUAUAUAUGUCAUGUCUUGGUGAUGAUAAAUGUAAUAGAGAUAGUUGGGCUGUCGAAGAGAUGAUGAUGGAAGCUGCUCGAAACUUAGCCAACGAGAGGAAUCGAAAGCAAAACGG